AUGUCGGUUGCGUAUAAACUUGGUGAUUUAGUUUGGGCAAAAAUGAAGGGAUUCAGCCCUUGGCCCGGCCGGGUGGCCAUUCCCACCCCUGAGCUGAAGCCUCCCAAGAAGGCAAUGAAUGUUCAGUGCAUUUAUUUUUUUGGGACUAAUAAUUAUGCCUGGAUCGAGGAGCAUAACAUAAAGCCCUAUCAAGAGCAUAAAGAACAAUUAAUUAAAUCCUGCAAAACGGCCGCAUUUAAAGAAGCUGUGGCCCAGAUUGAGGAGUACAUUGUGAAUCCAGAAAAAUUCGGUGAUUUUGAUGAGCACGCGCGUAAUCCCGAAGAAGAAUUUGACAAGCUCAAAGAUGUGCUCAAAGAAGAUAGCUCUGAUGAGAAGCCAGAAGAAGAAGCCGCUCCCGAGGUGAAGAAGAAGAGUUCCACACCAAAGAUACGUUUGGGAAUUUCAAAGGUGAAGCCCCUGAAGCGGUCGUCGUCCGCCGGCAAGCCCACGCCGCGCAAGAAGGCCAAGAGCAUCUCGCGUUCCUUCACAGAUAGCGACAUGGCGAAUGAGAAGCCUUCCAUGCUGAAUCACUCCUUCUCGAAGAAGUCCAGCUUGUUGCAUCGCCCCUCCAACAUUCUUAGACCUGAGACACCCCCAUUAGACUUGGAGAAUGUGUCAGAAACGCUGCUAGAAAAGAACAUCAAGGCCAGCCAGAUGAAGUUUGGGUUCCUCGGGCUCGGCAUCAUGGGCAGUGGCAUAGUCAAGAAUCUGCUCAACUCCGGACACAAAGUGGUCGUGUGGAACCGCACAGGGGCUAAGGUAAGUGGAUUUGUUACU